UCUUCCGUCAUUCAUUCAUUCGAUUUGCCUUCCUAUAAAAGGUAGAAACGAGAAAUGUUGGCAAAUUAGUGACGAUAAAAUACGUGUUAUCUUUUUGUUUGAAGUUAUUUUUCAUUAAUUUAUAGCAUAAGUGGAAAUCGAGGUAGUGGUGUGGGACAAUGGACAGUUAAAACUAACGAAUAAGAUAAAUGAUGGCAUCUGGUACAUCCUCCUUGGAGAGUAAUGGCAGUAAUGAGUCAAUAGUUACAUUACCCCACAGUUACGUGAGUAACGAACGGCACAACAGCACCCAAUUACCAGCCGUACCUAUUCCAAUCGAGUAUGACGUGCUGACCGCGAACCAGUGCUACGACAAGCCGAGCUACACGGUGAAGGCUCACGGUGCUCACGUGAUGAGCGGACCGUACGAGCCGCUCACAUACGAUGUGCUCGGCAACACUAAUGAGAGUAUCAAGCAGCAAUGCGAGAUCAACCAGCUGCGGCGCCAGCAUACGGAGACGUCGAGGAGGUGCGAGCACGUUAUGAAGGAGUUGGAAUAUGUACGCGGGCAGCACAGAGCGGCGAUGAACAAGCUCGAGGUAUCGGCUCAGGAGGCCAGCAGUCUGCGCGGCAAAUGUAACGACCUGCUCAGCGACAAACAGCGUUUGGAGCGCGAGGUUGCACAUUUACAACAGAACAGUAACUCCGAGGGGAGUCCUGACGCUAUGAUGCAUACAAUUACGAAGUACGAAGCUCUCAAGGACGAGUUCGAAUGUUAUAGGAAAAGAUAUGAAGAUUUAAUAGAAAAACACAACACGACAUUUAAAAAACUUCAGAUAGUACAAGAGGAGAACAGCAGGCUGAAAGCUCAGUGCCAUGAGCUGACGCAAGAAAGGAAUGCCAUAGUUCGCGAACGAAACGCGCUGAAGCAGCAGGUGGGCAGCAUGGUGCGGCAGUGGGACGGUGGCCUCCGUGACCGCGACGACAUCAAGCGCCUCACCAGCCAGCGCGACGCCGCCAUGGCCGAGUACACGCUCAUCAUGAGCGAGAGAGAUACGGUGCACAAGGAGAUGGAGAAGCUGUCGGACGAGCGGCAGGCGGCGCUCAACCGCGUGGCCGCGCUCGAGGCCGCGCUGCAGGCCUCCCGCGACAAGGAGAGGGCCUCCGCCCUGAAGGAGGAGAGCCUCCGCCGCGAGCUGGAGUUGGUGCUGGUGGACCGCGACCGCGCCAUCAAGGAGUGCACCGACCUCAAGACCCCACAGAACACUUCCACGCUUGGGAAAUCGCGGCAAGACAACUCUGCGUAUCACCACUUGGGCCUCUCAAGUGGUGUGGGUAACGACGGGUUCCUCAGUGGACAGCAUUCCAAUGACCCUUCGUUGGAUAAAUUUCAAGGCCUGGUGGGUAUGUCGGCCGAAGCAGCGGACAAAGAGCGUGCAGAAUCGCUGGAACAGAACAACCCAGAGCUGGAGAGGCUGCGCAAGCAGCUCGACCGCCUGCAAGACGAGCUGAAUGUCGCACAGCGCGAGGCCGAGGUGUCAAAAUGUAGACGGGAUUGGGCUUUCUCGGAGAGAGACAAAUUAUUGCAAGAGAGAGAAAGUGUGAAAGCUUUGUGCAAUAGACUAAGAAAGGAGCGCGACCAGAUGGUGGGCGAGCUGGCGGAGGCGCGGCGGCACGGCGGCAGCAGGCCGCCCGACGUCGUCAAAGACCUCAAAAACGUAAGAGAUUCCGCGCCACCUGACACCGACCCCGCGCUGCAGGACUUCGAGUGGGACCUGAUAGAAGUGGAGUUGAACUGGAUCGGCAAAGACGGAGAUCUGGGGUUCGAGUUGGCGGGCGGCCGCGACGAGCCCUACUACCCCAACGAUAGUAGUAUAUACGUCACCUCUGUCAAGAAGGGAUCGCCCGUUGAGGGGAAAAUUAUGCCGCUGGACCGCGUGGUGGAGGCGUGCUCGGGCUCGCGCUGGGCUCGCGGCGCCGCCCUCGCCGCCGCCCUGCGCGCCGCCCUCGCGCGCGGGCCCGCCGCCCUGCGCCUGCAGCGGCCGCGCGCCGCCCGCCGCACGCUGCGCCUGCCCGGCGCGCGCGGCCUGCUGCUGCACCGCGGUAUAUUUGUGAGCAAAAUAACAAGCGGUAGUCCCGCGGCCAAGGAAGGGAAUAUAUUCGUCGGCGAUCGAGUUGUUAGCAUAAAUAAUAGGUCGCUAGAGGGCGUUAAGAGCGUAUCCGAAGCGAUGGCGAUGUUGAACGAGAACCAAUACGACGUUCUGGUGACUGUAGUAAGGCCGCUGUACCCUUGUUGUGAUAGGGAUAGGUUCCCAGCGUAUGAGCAUUCGUAUUCGGACAAUAAGACGGUGAAUAUAUGUUCGCAAACAGAAGACACGUAUUGUGAGUUUGUACAGCCGCCGCCGGACUCGAAGGUGCACGUGGAGCACGGCGUGCCGGACUUCGACCGGCGGUACGUGUACCACGUGGCGGCCGGCAGCCAGGGCAAGAUACACCAGGAGAGGGGAACGUGGGACAUGAUUAGGGGGAAAUUCGAAGCGGUCACCGGGAGGAGCAAGUCUAAAGACAAACAAAAUAAGGUACCGGAGACGGACGCUAUCGCGGAGUUGGACUCCGUUAUCGACAGUUAUCACGGGAAGAGCGUUAAAGAAACUAGCAGUGUUUUAAAACGCUCACGGAGAAAAAAUAAGGAGUCCCAAAAUGACGCUAAAAAUGGCGGUACAUGGCCUAAAGCGAGAGCCAACUUCAAUCUAGAAGAAAACUCUACCGGAACAAUAGUUCAGCCGAGGUCUAGGAAAGAACGACUGCCGUUAUCCAUACUGUUCAGUCCGCCAACCAAGUUGCCGCCGGAACCGCAAAGAUCGAAUACCAACAGAAAUUCGAACCCCAUACCGUUAGGUCACGCCCCGCUAACCCAAGUGACAACACCAGCGCGGCAUUCUAUGUACAAAUCUAUAGAAUCCACUCCAGCAAUCGAGCACUUUCCCAAACCCGCCCCACUGACAAUCCAUAACCCUUUUGCCUCACCGAACAGUAUGAACUUCGAGAAAAUUCGAACGUUGGAAAAAGACAAAAUAUCCAUGAGUGAUUAUUCAGAUCACGACAUGACCCCAAACCGCUUAAGUUUAGUAUUAAAUCCGUCCGACGAUUCGCUAGACUAUCAACCGGUCGCUCGUAGCCGGACGAAAAGUCCCCACUCGUUAGAUUUCAUAGUGAACAAAGGGCCGAGCUCCCUAGAUUUCGUGUCGAGAAAAUCUCCCAGUUCACUGGAGCACUCGAUUAAAAAUCAUCCAGGAAAUGAUUUACUGGACCAGUACUAUUCCUCAAAGAAGUCCUCGUCGCCGAAAACUGUGAAUAAGUAUCCUUCAGACAGCGAUAGUUUCGGGCCGGAUAGUUUGAACAGCAACCCGAACUAUCCAAUGACUGGAACCCUGCCGAGUCAGUCGCGUCUUCAAUCUCAGUACUAUAGGGGACCGUUUGCGAACUUACACCCUUAUACAUCUAGUCGCUAUCCCCACCUGGCAAGUCCUACGAAUAUACCGCAGAGCCAGUCGGGGGAGAGCAUAGGUACUAGUUACGAUAUGCACUCAUUCACGUCCCAUACACAUAACAUGUCAGAUCUUCAGCCGGUGCCGAGGACAGGCCGCGUCGGGGAUUAUCAUCAUACAUACGAAGGCGGUACGUUUCCAAGGAAAAAGGAAAACCAGAGGUUUCGUGUCCCCUCCAAUCCUAGUGUAACGUCCAAGAAUUCCGCAGGGAAGUUGAGCACAGGAUCUAUCGAAAGAAGUUCUGAAAGGAAUUCACCAAUGCCGACAUUUCACGUGGAAGUUUUAAGUCCUGGACACGGUGCAAAGCAAUUGACGCACAAGGGCACAAGGAACUCUAUGCCGGAGUAUUGUGGGAUUGGUUUAGACAAACCUUUGCCUGGAGAACUGAGGAGGGUACAUAUAGACAAGAGUCAGCAACCUCUCGGUAUUAAAAUAGAUUGUCCACCUAGGAGUGGCGGCGUUUUUGUAUCGACAGUAAACGAAAAUUCCUUAGCUAGUCAAGUAGGUUUACAAGUCGGGGACCAGUUGUUAGAAGUUUGCGGUAUUAACAUGCGAUCGGCGACAUACUCUCUCGCAGCGCAAGUGCUGAGACAAAUUGGCAAUUCUAUAACCAUGCUCGUGCAAUAUAGUCCAGAUAAAUAUAAGGACGAAGUCGAGGUGCCUGGUAGCUCGUCUUCUCCAGAAAGUUCCCACGAGGACGACGUUUCUCUGUCUGGGUCUCCAACACCAAGAAAUUCUCCUGGACCGCAGCAGUCUAUUCGAAUGGAGACGCCAUCUAGUGAGGUGGCCACGUUGAGGCAGUCGUCAGGGAACAAGGACCUGCCGAAGUUUCUUCGGAUAGACAUGCGGAACUGUUCCGACCUGGGUAUUAGUUUGGUAGGCGGCAACGCAGUGGGUAUAUUCGUACAUAGUGUGCGUAUAGAUUCGCCGGCGUAUAUCGCUGAACUAAGGACUGGUGAUCAGAUCUUGGAAUACAAUAACGUGGAUCUCAGGCAUGCUACGGCCGAGCAAGCCGCACUAGAGCUGGCCAAGCCAGCGGAUAAGGUGAACGUGAUAGUUCGUCACGAUCUCCAGCAAUACCACGAGAUAAAGGAUAAGCCGGGUGACGCGUUCUACAGAGCCGGGUUCGACCGCUGCAACAAGUUCACGUCCAACGGCAUGGACACGCUGGACGAGUACUCGCUCUGGUUCAGGAAGGACGAAGUGCUGUUCGUCGACAACACGCUGUACAACGGCGCCCCCGGUCUCUGGCGUGCUUGGCAGCUCGACUGCAAGGGGAUGAAGCGACAGUGGGGGACCAUACCCAGUAAAUUCAAGGUGGAGGAGCUGCUGCGGCGGUCGCUGGGCCCGCUGGAGGCGGACUCGCGGCGCGCGCUGACGACGGCGCGGCGCUCGUUCUUCCGCCGCAAGAAGCACCGCGACAGCAAGGAGCUGGCCUCCUUCUCCAACACCGAGCUCGGCUGCUGGAGCGACUCGGGCGCGCUCGCCGACGACCUGCCGCUGCUCUCCUACCAGCGCGUCGAGCGCCUGCACUACGGCAGCCAGCGGCCGGUGGUGGUGCUGGGCCCGCUGCGCGAGUGCGUGGCCGCGAAGCUGGUGUCGGACUGGCCGCGCGUGUUCGUGCUGCCGCAGGAGCCGCGCCCCGCCUCGCACGCCUCGCACCUCGACUGCAUCCCGCUGCAGGCCAUCCGCGACCGCGCCGACAAGGGCAUUCACUGCAUCCUGGAUAUCAGUGUGGCGACAAUAGAGAAAUUACAUAAGCAGCAGAUCUACCCUAUAGUGCUGUUUAUAAAGUUCAAGUCUGUCAAACAAAUCAAAGAAAUGAAAGACACGCGAUACCCCUCGGAGAAAGUAUCCGCGAAAGCUGCUAAGGAGAUGUACGAACAUGGGCUGAAGGUCGAGAAUGAGUAUAGAAAUUACAUAUCGGCGGAAAUACCAGCGGGCGUGAAUAUUGCCUACAUCUGCACGCAGAUCAAAGAAGCUGUCGAAGAGGAGCAGAACAAGACGCUGUGGGUGCCGUCCGUGCAGGCCUGACCUUUGCCCCCCACACCGCCGCGACACAAGUCCG